CAACCGAACACACCCCAAAAGCACCCAAAGGCUGGGAACAAGAGGAAAAAAAACGGUGAAGGUUUGAAGAACCCUAGAGGCCAUUGCCAUCUCCAUCGCCGUCUCCUGCGGAUACGGCUCCACGCUUCCAGAAGCUCGGAGUGCGCCCAUUCGAGCUACGAGGGAGAGGCAUGUGCUCCAGAUCUUUGCUCAAUGUUCUCGCCAAGAACUUCGAUGUUCUUGCAGGGCCUUUGGUUGCACUAGCUUAUCCUUUGUAUGCUUCAGUUAAGGCAAUUGAAACCAAAUCCUCUGUGGAUGAUCAGCAAUGGCUCACAUAUUGGGUGUUAUAUUCAUUAAUAACACUCUUCGAGCUGACAUUCACAUCAAUUAUUGAAUGGCUUCCCUUUUGGUCCUCCAUGAAGUUGAUCUUCAUUUCCUGGCUGGUCUUGCCCUACUUCAGUGGUGCAGCCUAUGUGUACCAAAAUUAUGUGAGGCCUGUGUUUGUUAGGAAUCAUAUGAUUAGCAUUUGGUAUGUCCCUCAGAAAAAGGGUCUUUUCUGUAAUUCAGACGACUUCCUCACAGCACUUGAUAAGUACAUUGAAGAAAAUGGACCUGAAGCACUGAAGAAAUUGGCAGACAAGGCUGGCAAGUCAUCUAGACAGUCUGGAAAAUUGUGGAAAGGGUUGAAAGAAUUAAAAUCGCUGAAGGAGUUUAAAAAAGCAAAGGCAUCAAAAGAUACAAAAGCCUCGAAGGCGUCAAAGGAUUCAAAAGAGCAGAAGAAGGCGCCGAAAUGCUCCGAAGAACCAAAAAAGGCACUGAAAGAUUCAAAAGAACUAAAGCGGUCAUUGGAAGACUGGAAAGAGCUGAAGAAAUCACUGAAAGAUCGAAAAGAGCCGGAGGCGAAAGAUUCAAAUGAACGUCAACCGAAGAUGAGCGACAAACGUGUGACAUUCGCGGAGGUGGAGGCUGAGAAAGAAUUCAAGGCCUCCAACAGUAACUGGCAUCCAACCUCCGAUUAUGGCAGCGCAUACCCUGAGCACUACUCAUGGAACCGCAGCUUUAUAAUCUUCGACGAUGAACAUAGUUACCGGAACUAGAUAGGUGAACCCUGAACUUUUCUGGAAACCUUAGAUUACACAUGUGUGCUCGCUGUUGUGUUUCUUGAACAGACCAGAUGCACCUGGCGUUGAUUUGGAAGGGGCGAAAGGCCCAUUUCGGCAUCAACCACGGGAAUGGAGAUCACCUGCUGCGUCUUUUGUGUGUUGAUCGUUAGUUCUGACCUGUCGCGUCGUGUAACAUAUUCUAUUAGUCCAGUGAUCGUUUGCAGGUACUAACUGUAGGUGUGUAGAUGUUGGUGGUGUUUUUGGAGCACAGAACCUUGUUAUUAUUAGCUGGAAGAAUCGAGGUGAUAUUAAAUCCGUUGUCAGGACUUGCAUUUU